AUGCCCAAAGUCAAGAAAAGCAUCAGCAAACAUUGAGCUCAGCGCAUCAUUACCUAUCAUUAUUUCAAAGAUAAUAGAAUACAUUGCUAAUAGCUUGGCCUACAGAUCAACACCGACAGCACGGAGUCCUACUCUUCUUUACAACGGCACUUGAUGCGGACCUACCUGAUCUCAGCCGCGUUGUCAUUUACCCUUGGCUACUGUGCCUGCAACUUUGCCAUAAUAUCAACCAUAUACGACUUUGUUGCUUCUGUCCCUGAAACGACUCAUAAAGUAAAGAAUAGAUAUUUACUUUACGCACUCCUGAUCUUGCUCGCUCUUUUUAUUCUUAUCUUGAUCCCCUUGGAACGGAUCGCAAAUUUUGAGGCCAGAAGGAAACAAGAUUAUCCUUACCGUACUUCAGCACGAGAGCAUUUGCAGAGGCGUGGAAGCUUUUAAAACAAGUCAAAGCAAUAGAGAAAGAGAAAAACUUCAGUUGCGCAAAACAGAAUCCUAGAGUUCGGAUCAAGGACACAGCAUGAACACAUC